AUGGCGAUGCUCGCGAUGACGAUGGGCGCGAUGACGACGACGACGACGACGACGACGACGACGACGACGACGACGCGCGGGCGCGCGCGCUUGGUCCACCCGACGACGCUCUCGACGAAGACGGACGACGGCGACGGCGGAUGGCGACCGUGGGCGAGGCGACGGAGGAUUUGGUUGAGCGUCCUCGGCGAGGCGUUCGACGUGAGCGCGGGACGGACGUAUUACGCGGGCGACGGGGCGUACGCGACGUGUUUCGCGGGACGCGACGCGACGCGGGCGUUUGGUACGGGGGAUUUUAGCGAGAGUGGGUGCGUGGAGGACGUGCGCGGGAUGACGCUCGGCGAACUCGCGGGGGCGCGACACUGGCGCGACUUCAUGCGGGACAAGUAUCGGUUCGUCGGCGUCGUCGCCGGAGGGGCGUUUUACGACGAACGGGGCGAAGAAACGGCCGUGUUGAGGGAGGUGCGAGAGAAAUUGGAGACGUACGAUCGCGAGGAGGCGCGCGCGAAGGAACGCGUGCGCAUGUUUCCGGAUUGCUCGAGCUCGUGGACCGCCGAAACGGGCGGCUUCGUCUGGUGCGACGGAGACGACGGAGUCGCCAGGUACCCGCGAAACGAGACCACGCCGUCGUCGAGCGGUGAGAUCAGCGCCCGAUGCGCGUGUUUUCCCGAUCUCGCCGAUACGAGCGCGCGAUCCAAGUACGCGGGGUGCGCGUUGACCGCCUCUCGAUGUCGAGUGUCGCCUCCCGAACCAACCUCGAGUUGA